UGUUCCUUGACUACGAGACGCCAUGUUUCGGCUGUUACAUUAGGAAUAGUGGAGACCAAAAUGUUGAAGAAGUCAGGGCACGCGCAUUCUCACUCUCCUACAGACCCAAACCUCCGUCCUCACACGGCGUGCGGGCACACACAGAUUGAUAUACCCUGGCUACUUCGAGAGAAUAAGGUAUUCAAGGAGAGAAAUAGGGAGCAUCGAGAGCGGAUAGCACAGCUUGAGACUUACCUGAAAGACAGACAACUGCGAGAGGUUAUACCACUCGAGGAAGAAUUAGCCGAGAAAAACGAAAAAAUAUCCCAGCUUGAAAAGAAAAUACAAUCUCUUAAACAACAGCUCAAAGACAAAAGUGCAGAACUUUCAAAAGAAGAAAAUGAAAACAUGGAAUUAACAGAGAGAUUACGUGACGCAGACGAUUUACUUGAAUUCAUUAAUAAUGAUAUCAUCAAUCUCACUAAUCACGUAAGAAGCAGAAAUGGCGAGAAAGAGACGAAAAAACUAGAAAAGUCAGCGUCUCUGAAGUCAACAUUUGCCGAUCUCCGAUUCACAGUGCAGAAACAACUGGAUAAAAAUGAAGCGAAAAUAAAAGAGCUCAACAAAAUUCAUGAUGUUGAAACAAAAGAACUGGGAAAACGAAACGUCGAAGUCAAACAACUGGAAAGAACGCUUGCCGACACCGAGAAUGAAAUUGAAACGAUGUUAUCACUUAUUACCAAAAAAGGUUACAUUAACAGCGAGAAACGCCCAGACGCUUUACAGCGCGGCAUAGAAGAACUUAGGGCUCACGUUGAGAAUUUUGUAGAUUAUCACAACAAUAUACAGAAAUCCAUACUCGAAAAUUCGGACUUGAAAGGCGAGCGGGAUAAACUUCGCGAAAGGAAUUCUAAACUGAAGAUCAAGCUUACAGCCGCGGAGGGCGAGGUCUUGAGAUUAGAAGAAGAGAACAGGGUGUUCCGACGGACGCUGCCGGUUGUGUGAUUCUACCAACUAGCAUCUACACGCAUAUCCAAAUUACUUGCUCAAUGCUUUUUAGUUGUUUCGUACUUGUUAAGUACAAAAGUUAUUUGAUAUGAUAUUUUCAAAUCGGGCCAGAUCAAAAACAAGGCCUAAAAAAAUUCUUAAUACAGAAUACAGAGGUACUGAGUACCUCAUCAUACGUGCAUUGUAUACAG